CGUCCACUUAGCCAGAUCCCCAUUGCCCACUCGCGUGCGACUGACAUACGAGUUAUACUUGUACCUAGUACGACAAAUUAUGCACUGACUUCAACUGUAAACAGACUAAAAAAACUUGUCACCCGUACUCUAAAAGUGAAACAGCUUGUUUAGGGGGUGGAUAAACAAGAGAGAAGAGCUUUGUUUACGUCUCCCUGGAGUCGUUAUUGAGACUACCUGUUGACCCCCUAUUAUAGUGUAUAGGUAUUUAUCAGCAGAAGCAGUUGUGUCAGUAGUACGUAUAGCGCUCUGAUGAGCCGCACUUGAUCUUUCCCCUUGUUUCGACUUUUUAGCAGAAUAUAAUGAUGGGUCGUUUCCCCCUUACUCGACGUUUGAGCUUACAGCCUGCGUCAAUGAGAAGUAGUCAAGAAAACGGUCCACACAGACAUUCCAGGUGUAGUAGGCAUGGUGAGUCUGCAAAUGGUGGCAAUCCGAUUAAAGUUAUUGUGCUAGGGGUGGAUAAAGUUGGAAAAACAGCGCUUAUCUAUCAAUUUUUGUACAACAAAAUACCAGAAAAAUAUAAACCAACGGUAGAUGACACACAUUAUGCAACUUUCAACGCAGCCAAGGAUAAGAAGAUUGUCUUCGAAAUUUUAGAUACAUCGGGCUCCCUUGAGUUCCCAGCUAUGCUUGAUCUCUCAAUAAAACAGUACGAUGUUUUUGUCCUUGUUUACGAUGCGAGUAAGUCCAGCACUUUUAGAAAAGUUGAAGAACUGCGAGAACAGAUUAUAUGCAUAAAAAGGAAAGCUCCAAUAGUCGUCGUAGCUAACAAAACUGAUAUUUGCAAUGACAAAGAGAUAGAGAAAAUCCAGGUAACGAAGGAGCUGGUAACACGGGAAUGGAAUCAUGGUUUUGUGGAUACGUCAGCCAAAGAGAAUUCUAAUACAUGGAAUGUAUUCCAGGAGUUACUAAAGCAAGCCAAUAUUGAAUAUGAUUUACGACCAGCAUUAAACAAGAGGCGACAGUCACUACCCCCACCACAGUACAACUCGCGCUCCAGCAUUGCCCAAGUCUCAAUAUCACCAGCUCAGCUUCAACAUCUUGAACAGAUACAUGAAAAUUCAGAUCAAAGCUCAGAAAAGAGCCACAACUCUUGUAACCUAUCGUAAAAGACUUGCCUCAAUCUUAGCUAUUAAACCCUAAGCUAAAACUUUACUCAAGUGAGGGAUGCAUCUAAAGUUCGUAUAAUUUCAAGAUGU